ACAGACACACAAGCAGAGAGAGACAACACAGACACAGAGAGAGAGACACACAACAGAGACAGCACUCUUAAUCUCGCCAACCCGCACCCACCGGCACGGUGAAGUAUGGACAAACCCCCACUACACCGCGCGACGUAGGAAGGUCCUCGUGUAGCAGUGGAGGCUACACAAGUGCAUGAUGAUUCCAGCAGACAGCUCUUCCCUAGUUUCCCGUUGUUUCACACUCAAAUAACAACCCAGGUGAUUUCAGGUGCGAUCAAAUUAAGGAUAACGCUUCUCCAGCUUGUAUUUCAAUGAACAUUUGGAUAAUUAUUCAGGUCGCCAUCAAAGCACCUUAAUGUAACUUGGAAUAAUGAAUGCAUAUUUUAGACACGAAUAAGGAAUGUAUAAUCUAGCCCUCAAAUAUUUAGCGCUGAAAACACACUUACCAUAAUUAGUGUAACAAAGGGUUAUAUAAAAAUACAUAUAACCAAUCAAAUACGCUUAACAAUAACACGAACUAGGGUGACAUUGAUUUCACGUUAAAUUUGUUUCACCGCGAGAAUUCCCCGUUUGUUUUUUUUUAAAAUCAAGAAUAACUGUCACCGUUCUUCGUCGCCGUAGACGGAAAGGGAAUUCCACCAUCUACGUCACCAAAUCAAGGAUAUCCUCGUUUUUUUACGACGUGCACACUAAUACCAUGUAUGGUCAUAAGCCGACAACAUCAUAGGACUCAACCAUUCGCGUAAGCGGUGGUCGCUCGUCGUCAUGCACUCAAAAACCAAAAACGGCAUCUGGACUCUUACGCACCAACAAAAAUGCGCCAACACCACGAUCACCGCAUAUGGCGGAAUUUCAAUUGCGACGGCACCUUUCUGGCCGCAGACAUUGUCAAGAUUCCCGUGGUCGUGCGGGCGACAUGCGAUUAGAAGGCACCGAUGGGGCGACACCAACUCGCUCCGACACCCCCCGCGCGGAAUUCCGGAACAGGGGGGUCACGCGCGUCACUCGGUAGGAAUAGCGACUCGCCCCGCCUCGCCGCUCUAUAUAUUUGUGCUCGCCACGUGUGACUCACCAACACCGGGACGAGAGUGAGGAGGCGCGGAUAGAGAGGUUUUUUUUGUAUUAGAGAGGUGGUCGAGGCGUUCAGCCCAGCCACGCGAAGCCCGUCGGCCGCUCAGCUGAUUGAGCCGGCCCGGCCAAAUUCGGCCGGGCCAGCCAUCCUCCAAGGGAAGACGGGACGUGCUGGACUAUGUACCACGAGGAGGAGGAGGAGAGGGAGUCGGGCAGCAGCCAAUCGUCAGCAACAGAAACGCCUAUUCCUCCUCCUCUACCGACCUGGCUGGAUCCCCUGUACCAGAUGACAAGUUCUGCGAGCACUUGCCAGGGCUACAGCGUGGAUGUGCCCAGCACAAGCCAGGGCUUGUUCGUCCCCACUGUGACGGCCAUCACCACCAGCCAGGAUCUCCAGUGGAUGGUCCAGUCGACCGUGAUCACCUCCUCUGCCUCAUCGCACCAAUACCCCGGCGUCCCACCUCCCGCUUAUGUGGAACCGGAUCCGGCCCCGCCUGGCCCCAGCUGGCAGGAGGAACAGGCCCAGCAGCCAGGCCCCAGCGGAAUUCGACACCAGGGCCACCAGGUGGGGUUGGAGGCUCGCUCUCUGGGAGGACGGAGGCGCAGAGAUGAAGACCUCUCGCCGGAGGAGGCGGAAAGACGUCGAGUUCGCCGCGAGCGGAAUAAACAGGCGGCCGCGCGCUGCCGAAACAGGCGGAGAGAAUUGACGGAGAGACUACAGUCGGAGACGGACGAGCUGGAGGACCGGAGCACGGGUCUCCGUGCCGAGAUCGAGACGCUCAGCAAGGAGAAGGAGCGACUGCAGCUCGUGCUGGCGGCGCACAAGGGCUCCUGCAAGAUCGCCCACGAAGACGACGUGGAGGACUGUGCCCUCGCUGCGUCCGCGCACCUCGUGUGCGUGCCCCCGCCCUCCUCCUCCUCCUCCAAGAGCGAGGGGGAACUCCAGCCUGGCUCGCAGCUGCAACAGCAGCAGCUGCAGCUGCAGCAGCAGCAACAGCAGCAGCAGGAGUGCGCGGAGCCGUUGGCCGGAGCAAACAUCUCAGGCAGCUACUACUUUGACUUCGAGCCCAUCGCCGGGACCUCCUCGUCCGCGUCAUCUGCCGCCACGGCCGCGGGCACCGCCACGUCCAUGGGGGGUCCCUUCCCGUCCACGUCGGGGUACCAUCCGUUCUUGCUACAGGGCGCGGGUUCGGGCCAGGGCGAGGGGAGCCAGGCGGGUGGCGCUGCGCCUCCGCCGCCGCAGCGCGCGCCCAGCAGCAGUAACGGGGAGCAGUCCUCGGAUUCGCUCAGCUCGCCCACGCUUCUCGCCCUCUAGCGCUGGAGUUGGGGUGGAAGGGGCGCGCGCCGGGUUUGCCUUUGUUUUGCUCCUCGGUUACCCCGAGUCCCCGCAGCCGCGCUCCGACAAAAGCGAUGACGACGACGACGAUGGCGGUGAUGGUGAUGAUGCCGGUGGUGGUGGUGAUGAUGAUGAUGAUGCGGUUUCGGAGAAUGUUUAUUUUUAUCCGACCAAUGCAACUCGCGGCAAAGCUUCGGCACGGGGUAAUUUCUUUGCCAAAUUUUUCGUAAAAUUCCUUGGCAGCUCACGAUCGAACGGACGUUUACGCUUCCUUCGUUUUGACGAGCAUUGAUCAUUGCUUUAUUACUAUUUAUUUUAUAUAUACAUGAUUUUUAGAUAUACAAACAGUAUAUGUGUGCGCAUUUGUAAAUACAAUGUGUGUGUAGUUGGCAUUGGCCGCGCACACUCACACAGUCACUCCACUGCCUUAGAAAUGCAUGGGCAUUUUGCUCGGCUAUCUGCGGCCACUACGCCGUUGUGGUCAUUAACGUCUUAGUAUUUGUACUUAAUAUCGCACACACCUUGGGCAUUAGCUACACACACACACACACGCACGCGCGCGGCGUUUUAAUGCCUUUAUGAAUGAAUGCACGAACCCCUUGCGAGAUUAGAGAGAGGAAGUCGCCUCUGCCAGAAAUAAUCUUGACGCGGCCGAGGGUAAAGGUCGCAGGCUCGCAAUUUCUCACUAGCACCACCGCUGACGGAGAGGGACUCCAACUAGGACCUCCAGUGUCGUUCGAGAGGGGGAUUUUUUUUGUUUUUGCUCUACUCUUCCACAUCGGACAGACGUCUUGGAAGCGGUGGGGCGUCACCCACACUUGACACACGAUCAGCCUCUCGACUGUGACGUACACAUUUCAUGCCGUUGGGUGGACCCAUAGGCAGGGGUCGUUGUUUUUUUUUGGUACGUCACGUCGCACUCGGGCAUUCAUUCAUUCUGUCGGAGAGUUGUCGCAAAAUUGGGGCCCUUUUGGAUUUGAAUACACGUGCAGGGAUAGAUAUCUGGGAUCUCUACGGAUUUGAGCUAACUCGUGUGCGUACAGAUUGCUCCGUGAUGUGGCCUUUGGUGUUUUGGGAACAGAUUCGCACAGACAUCUCCAUGAAACGACCGGAGUGCGUAGCCCUAAAGUUCGAACCAUUUUUUCUGCCAAUGGAUAUUUU